UUUUCCUCUCUCUCAUUCUUCGUGGUUUUUCUCUGUUUUUCACAUUGCCUAAGGCUCCUCCCUCAUCGUUUGAAAAAAUGGCGAACGCGACAUCUGGCAUGUCGGUGCACGAUGACUGCAAGCUGAGGUUCUUGGAGCUGAAGGCAAAGAGGAACUACAGAUUCAUAAUUUUCAAGAUCGAGGAGAAAAUCCAUCAGGUCGUGAUCGAGAAGCUCGGCCAGCCUGGCGAAAGCUAUGAUGACUUUGCCGCCAGCCUUCCCGAAAAUGAGUGCCGAUAUGCUGUCUUUGACUUUGACUUCACGACCGACGAGAACUGCCAGAAGAGCAAGAUCUUCUUCAUUGCAUGGUCACCUGAUUCAUCAAGAAUAAGGAGUAAGAUGGUGUAUGCAAGUUCCAAGGAUAGGUUUAAGAGGGAACUCGACGGGUUCUUGUUCCUUGUUAUCGAAUUAGGAAAUCCUGUUCAAAUGGGCUGCACCGUUAGAGACAAACAUAUCCGCACAAAUCGGAGAACUCGGUCGGUGAAACCCGAAUCCGAUCAUCCCACUUCCGCAAACACGAAAGGCAAUGUCGACAAACCGGCGAACGCCAAAACCGGCAUACAACCUAAGAGUUACCAAAUGGGCCUCCACGCCCUGUCCCAGUGCCCGAUGUCCGGCCCGAGUUCCGCAUUCGACGAUAACGGGUGGGGUUACUGCACUGAGGAGCAACUGGAGGAUAUUCUGCUCAAGAAUUUGGAGUAUUUGUAUAACGACGCCGUUAACAAGCUGGUGGGUUUGGGCUAUAAUGAGGAGGUGGCUUUGAGGGCGAUUUUGAGGAACGGCCACUGUUAUGGUGGGAUGGACGUCCUCACAAACAUCUUGCACAACUCACUGGCCUAUCUCAACAGUGGAAGCACCGCUGGUUCCGACUACGAGCCCGAUCCUGAGCCCGAGCCCGAGCCCUCGUUUGCAGACCUGAGGCAGCUGGAGGAGUACUCACUUGCGGGCAUGGUUUCUUUACUGCAGCAGGUCAAACCCCACCUGAGCAAAGGGGACGCCAUGUGGCAGUGUUGGGCCCAACAGAAGGCCAUGCAGGCCGCUCGGAAGCUGAGCCACGACUUUACCGAGCUCAAGAUGCUGAGGAUGGAGAGGGACGAGACUCGGGGGCUGAAGAAAGGGAGGCAGACACUGAAGGAAGUUACCAUGAAAAGGCUGACUGACAUGGAGUGUGCCCUCAGGAUGGCCAGCGGACAGGUGGACCGUGCGAAUGCGGCCACCAGGAAGCUUGAGACUGAGAAUGCAGAGAUUAGGGCAGAGAUGGAGGCUUCCAAAUUGAGUGCAUCCGAGUCAGUCACGACAUGUUUGGAGGUGGUGAAGAGGGAGAAGAAAUGCCUCAAGAAGCUGCUUGCGUGGGAAAAGCGGAAAGCCAAGGUUCAGGAGGAGAUUGCGGCCGAGAAGCGGAGGAUUAUGGAGCUGGAGCUCGAGCUGGCUCAAGUGGAGGUGGACACCAAGGCAGCCGAGGCCAAGUGGAGACAGGAACAAAAAGCUAAAGAAUUAGCACUCGAGCAAGUAGAAGAAGAAAAGCACCUCAAAGAAGCCUCCGAGUCCAACAACAAGAAAAAGCUCGAGGCCCUCCGCCUCAAAAUCGAGAUCGACUUCCAAAGACACAAGGAUGAUCUCCAACGACUCAAACAAGAAUACUCCCGUCUCAAGGAAUCUUCCAAAUCCGAGAAUGAGAAUCAAUGUAACGAAUCUUGGACAGAGAAUGUGAAACCCCCUAAAGGCGGUGAAACAAUAGCAAGGCUUCUGCAUGAGCUCGACCAGACACAAGAAGAAAAGUCAACUGGCUGUGAUCGCGAGUGCAUGAUCUGCAUGAAAGACGAGGUCUCUGUUGUCUUUCUUCCUUGUCUUCAUCAUGUUAUAUGUGCCAGCUGUAAUGAAGGCUACGGGAAGAGGCGGAAUAAAGCUGUUUGUCUGUACUGCCGUGUCCCAAUCGAGCAGAGGAUUCGGGUUUAUGGGGCCAGCUCGUGAGCCAUGAAGUGGUUUUGCCUUUUGCUCUGAAUUUUGUGUAUAAAUAAAUAUGUACGGGCAAAACCUGUUUGCAGGUUGUGCGUUUGCUCUGCAUAAUAUUUACUCACUUGCCCCAUAUACUUUGUGUUAGGAUGUUUUUAUUUUGAGUAUCGGUUUUGUUUGUUUGUUUCUUCGUUUGUUGUUGAUAUAUCAUGGAACUAGGAUAGGAUUGUUAUUCAAAAGAAGAAGUGUUAUUUAUGAACACAACUCAACUAGGUUUAUAAAAUCUUGAGUGUACUCAUUCGUUUAUUUAAUGAGCUAAUGAGCCGAGCUAGAAAAGCUAAUUGAGAUCGCUU